AACUGUAUUUCCCUAUAUAAGCAAUGAACAAUUGAAAAUUAAAAAAUAAUAAUAGCAUCAAAAGCAUGAUUUGGGUGUGUUGAUAGAAAUGUCCUAAAUCAUGCGGUGGUGAUUACCUGAUUAUAUACAUUUGUUAAAACUCAGAAAACUGUACACUUAAAAUUAGUGAGUUUAAUUGUCGUGUAAAUUAUACCUCAAUGGAGAGAGAAAAAGCACCUACUGUGUGCCCAGUUCCAGGUGCUGAGCACACAGCACAGAACAAAUAAAGCUUUUCCAUUGGAGCUAACUUUCUAGCCAGGGUUAGACCUUUGAAAAUGAAUAAAUGAAUGAAUGCACAUGUCAAGUAGUGAAAAGUGCUAUGAAUUAAAAUAAAGCAGGGCAAGGGUGCAGGAUGGCGGGAGAGGGGGUGUGAAUUCUCUUAUACAGAAUGGGCAAGAAAGGAUUCGCACGGAUAAGACGACAGUUGAGCCGAGACCUAAAUUAGAUGAACCGACCGUCUCCGGCCGCCUUUGACCGGCAGAGGCCAGUCCGAGGGCGGGGCGACUCCGGACCUCGAACCACUGGGAGUCGGCCGCCCGCUUCCGGCGGCGGCGCGGGGGCGGCCGGGAGCCCGGAAGUCCGUCGAGGGAGGGGAGUCCCGCGGCCGCGCGGGGGCCGCCGGGAUACCGGAAGUCCGCCGAGGGCGGUGAGUCUCGCGGCCGCGCGGGGGCGGCCGGGAUACCGGAAGUCCGCGGAUGGCUGUGAGUUCCGGCUGCGGGGCCGUCAGGAGCUGCCUGGGAGUUUUAAAUCGAGCAUUUCCACUGCAUACAGCACGCUCAGUGACGGACAUGGAGGCUGCUUUGCAGCUGGUACACUGGAGCCCCCUAUUUUGCAGCAAUCUCAGCUCUCAAAGUGGGCGCGGACUUGUCCCACGUGUUCACCACCCAGGAUGCCGCGCCUGUGAUCAAGUCGUACAGCCCGGAGCUGAUCGUUCACCCGGUUCUCCCGCGUGGUCAGCGUCUACUGGGCCAUGUACACAGCUCUGGAGGACAAGCGAGGUAACAGCUUGUCAGGCGGUGCUGAGGACCGCAGGGAGGACAGGGCGGGGAGUGCUGGGUGCGCGCGCGCGCGCGCGCGCGCACGCGCGUGUGUGUGUGUGUGUGUGGCGGGUGCUCCUAGGGUCGCCGUGGGCAGUGGCGCAGGGCGUGGCAUCCGGUGAAGGCGCAGACACGGGGGCUGGCGGGGAGCGGGCGUGGGAGCUCAUGCUGCAGGCCUGCUGGGGACACUUAGUCUGGGGUGCUUGGGAGGGGCUGGGUGACCAGAGAGGUUCAGGGCCACGCUUUGCUGGUCGUGGGGGUCAUAGUAAGGGUUCUGGCCCUUGGGGCCCAGGGCGGAAGCAGGGGUCCCACUGGGAGGCUGUGAUAAGCCCCUGGGGUUGCUUGCAUGCUGGGCUAGAGACAGGAGCAGGUCAGAGCCUGGCCACAGCAGGGGAGUGCAGCCCCGCCCUCCCGCAGGUGGGCCGUGAGACCGGCAGGAGCGUGGGGAAGCCACCAGGGUGUGGGCUGAGCAGGUUGUCAUCUCCAUGGCCUGCUGAUGUGCCGGCAGCCGUGGGGUGGGCAGGGGAGCCUAGAUCUGGGAGUUGUCAGCGCGUGGGCUGGUUUAAACCAGGAGGCGAAGCUGUGUGUGGGUCGGGAGGGCCCGGCGCGCUGGCGGCUGGGAGCAGACUGGAGGAGCCUGGAGGGCGUCCUGGGGCCGAGUGGAGAGCUUUGCGGAUGGUCCUGGAAGAGCCCGUGCCUGGAGCCAGACACGAGGCCUCGGCUCCCAGUGUGGGGUCCCCAGUGCGGGGUCGCCGGCAGCCAGAGCGGGGCUGCUGGGGGGCGCGGCAGGCUGUCUGGUAGCCUGUGGGCCCUGAGAGUGGCGCCGGGCCUCAGAGUAGCGCGCAGGCAUCAGGUCUGGGCCUAAGGAGGGCUCCUGAUAUUGCGGGGGGUCGGGGCGCCGCCGGGCACACGCCUCCCCGCAGGCCUGAGGUGGGGACGUCUGCACCACAGGUAGGAGUGCGCCUGCACUGCAUCUGUGCGCCUGUGUGAUGGAACCAGACUGGCACAGGUCAUUUUGAAAUGAGUCAUCGUGUCUUAUUUUAACGUGUUUUACGUACUUUUUCCCCCGUGAGUCUUAAUUUUAAAAAAAGAAAAAAAGUGUAGUAUGAUCAUGACUAUAUACCCUGCAUUAUUGACUCUCUUUCUGAUAGGAAGGAAGUUCCAUUUGCCUCAGCUUUGGUGAGACCCAGAUCCUCUGCCUACCUUUGCGGAGUUCACAGAAACAUGUGGACCACUCGAGUAAACUGCUGGGGUCCCUCCCGUGGCCUGGGAAGGGGCCCAGCAAGUGAGAGGCUCCGUGCUUGAGUUUUAUCCCCAAGAGUAUGCUGCCCUCACAUCACGCCAUACAUCAUGCUCUUUGUCGUUUCCUGUAAAACAGCACUUUCUCACCGUGUUUCCUGCCCCUGCUGCUCCCUCCUUCUCUUGUCUGCUUGUCCCCAGAGCGGGUGGCUUCCCCUGCGAGCCUCCUAAGUGGAGGUGGCUUUUCCUUUGUUCCCCCAGCCAUUGGGUCUGGAGGUGGGACGUGCGUCCUCCCGGACCAUCACCUCUCGUUCCAAAACCUCCAGCUCCUUUGAAACUCCACCCACUGACCCAGUGCCCCUCCUCCCUGCAGCCGCCUCCGAUCCCCAUCAGUCCUUGGGUAUUAGUGUCUCUCUCACCAUUGCUCCCGGGACUGUUGCUAAUGUGUGUGUAGGAAACGGCUUUACUGGGAUAGGAUUCACUGUAAAAUCCACUGACUUUAAUUGUACAGUGGUUUGUGGUAUGCUUGCCAGGUUGUUACGUCACAGAUAAUCUUAGGACGCUCCCACCACUCCAGGACGGAAGCCCCUCCCCAUCGCCACCCCAGCCUGAGGCGACCUCUCAUCUGCUUGGUUUCCGAACAUUUGCCUUUCUGAACAUUUCUUAUGCGUGGAAUCAGACAUUUGUGAGGUCUUGUGUCUGCCGCCUUUUACUUAGCAUCCUGUUUUCGAGAGGUGUCCACAUUGUAGCACGUGUCAGUGCUCUGUUGCUCUUUAACAAACAAAAACAAAACCCAGAAGUCCCCCCCGCCCAACCCCGCCAGCUGCUGGCAACCGGCAGUCUCUUCUCUAUGGGUGAGUUUGGUGUUGUGUUUUUGCGGUGUUUUUGUUUUGUUUGUUUGCUUUAAAGGUCCCACAUAUAAGAGAGAGCAUACGCUAUUUGUGUUUCUUGGGCUCAUUUCACUUAGCAGAAUGCUUUCAGGGGCAUCUGAAUGUUGAAAGCUAGACAACUAUGGUGGGGUCCUGGCUGGGGUCCUGGAACAAGAAAAGGACAUUGGGGGAAAAUCUGGAAAAAUCUGUAGUUUCAUUAAUAAAGUAAACAAAAGAUGAAAAUUUCAAGCUCUUUUGCCCUUCUUUUCCUU